GACUGUGCGCAUGCGCAAAAGGGUGCGCAACAUCCCCAGUGAACAACAACAACAAUCACUACUGCAGGGCAGCAAACAGAAAGAUGGCCCAUUGAACGAAAGCGCUACACUGACACGAGUACCAGCGAACUGCUGUUAUUUCAGCCUGAGCCGUACAUGUCGAUGGUACCGAGCCCAUGAACCUGGCCAGUCUGAGCGGGGACGCUGGCGGAAGCCAGCUCCUCUUCGCUAACUUCAACCAGGACAACACGUCCUUGGCUGUUGGCACCAAAUCAGGAUACAAGUUCUUCUCCUUGUCAUCCGUGGACAAACUAGAGCAGAUAUAUGAAUGUUCUGACACGGAGGACGUGUGUAUCGUGGAGCGUCUGUUUUCCAGCAGCCUCGUGGCCAUCGUGAGCCUGAAGGCGCCCAGGAAACUCAAAGUCUGUCACUUCAAGAAGGGAACAGAGAUCUGCAACUACUCCUAUUCAAACACCAUACUGGCUGUGAAGCUCAACAGACAGAGGCUGAUCGUAUGUCUGGAAGAAUCGCUUUACAUUCACAACAUCAGAGACAUGAAAGUGCUGCACACCAUCAGGGAGACUCCCCCCAACCCUUCAGGAUUGUGCACGCUCUCCAUAAGCAACGACAACUGUUACCUGGCAUAUCCGGGCAGCGCCACGAUAGGAGAGGUCCAGGUGUUCGACACGGUCAACCUGCGGGCAGCAAAUAUGAUUCCUGCCCACGACAGCCCUUUAGCAGCUCUGGCGUUUGACGCGAGCGGCACCAAGCUGGCCACAGCCUCAGAGAAGGGCACAGUUAUCCGUGUCUUCUCCAUCCCAGAGGGACAGAAGCUCUUUGAGUUUCGGCGAGGAGUCAAAAGGUGUGUGAGCAUCUGCUCACUGGCGUUCAGCAUGGAGGGCCUCUACCUUUCAGCCUCCAGCAACACAGAGACGGUCCACAUUUUCAAAUUAGAGACUCAGAAGGAGAAGUACGUGCCAGCAGAGGAGCCAACCACAUGGGGAGGGUACCUGGGAAAGGUCCUGAUGGCGUCCACUACCUACCUACCGUCACAGGUCACAGAAAUGUUCACACAAGGCCGAGCCUUUGCCACCGUCCGUCUGCCCUUCUGCGGACAUAAGAACAUCUGCUCCUUAGCUGUGAUCCAGAAGAUUCCCCGGCUGUUGGUGGCUGCAGCUGAUGGAUACCUGUAUCUGUACAACCUGGAUCCACAGGAGGGUGGGGAGUGCACGCUCAUGAAGCAGCACAGGUUGGACAGCAGUGCUGAGCUCCCCAACGAGAUCCUGGAGCAGGGCUCACAUGACCGCCCCCUUGUGGCCCAAACCUAUAGUGCUGCUGUCUCUAAAGGUUACUGUGAAGAGCAGGGGGCCGUGGGAGGGGCGGGGCUCGAAGAAGACCUCAGCGACCUUCGCUUGGAGGAGGAGAACGAGCAGCCACCGCUCAUCCUGGAAACCGACUGACUUGACCCAUUCAACAUUCAGAGAGCUCCUCUGGUGCUGCUAUACAAACAUCAGACCCAAGGGGGGGGUGGGGGGAUGGGAUCAGGGAUGGAGGUUGUUCCAGAACCUGCCCGUCGGUCUUUCUGUUCGUAUUUUCUGUCCACAAACAAAUCUUUUAUCUUCUUCCUCCCUCCUCCUCCUCCUCGGUUUGCCUGAGCAGGCUCAAACUGAAGCUUUGCAUGUACAUGUGCCAACUGCUUAACAACGUGCUCCAUUUGUGGGAAAAAAAAAAGACGAGCCCCUGUGAGUGUGGUCCAAAAAAAAAGGUAGCCGUGUCUUCGAUUCGGACACGCACGCCGACGCGAGCACUGUGUACAAUGGAAGUGAUUGUGUAAGUGCCUCUCUGCCCCACUUUAGUCUCGUUUACGUCUGGAAGGGCAAUUUUCCUUUAAAUUGAUGUAAUAAAAUCGGACCUUAAUGGUGCGAGUGCACACUUCCCUCUGUCAAAGUUGCCCACGGAACCACAGCGGAGGCGGCGUCCGUCAGGUUGACCCUCAGAGGAAUGAGGCUUGAGGUGUUUGCAGAUAAAGUGUGUUUUCUGAGACUGCGUCCCUGUGAGAGUGUGUGUGGCGUGUAAAUUAGCAAAAUGUUUAAUAAUUACCCGGCCCUCUUUUACCUCAUCCAAUCAGAGGCUCAGGUCCUCUCUGCUCCACAGGCCCACGGACAUUUAUUGAUUUUUUUUUAAUCUUGGAUAAUAUUGAUCGUUUUUAAAAUCUUGAUAACUAACCAAUCGUGUGUCAUUAAAACGUGCGUGGUGUUGUUGACGUGAUACAUCCGAGACACGCGGCUGGUGGUGAUGAGCGACGGGCUGCUCUUCAUCCUCCCGCCGUGCAUCCGUGUGCUCUGUGCUCUACUAGAUGUGAUCGGAUAAACCCACACCCUGUCGUCGGACCGUCGGAGGUCGGGCUCAUCCGGUCCGAGGCUGCUGAGAGGGAUUAGCCGUGAGCGUUUGGGACCACCGGGCUUUUUCUAAUGAUUUUGUACAAAAUGUGAAACGUUCAUCUGAAAAUAAAGCCUGCAUCGGUG